AUGAAAUUUAAGUGAUGGAGGACUUUUCAUGAUCAUCAAGCGAGUCGGAUAUAAUCUUUGUGGACAAAACCUAUUGUUUUUUUUAUACCGGAAGAGGAUUUAUUCACCUGUUACAAGUCACGUUUUUGGUCUUCUAUGUGAAUCGGCUGACAGCAUGGGGGUACUGCUGUUCCUUGCUGUCAUACAAGCGGUGACAGUCGCAUUGGUGUCUGCAGAGUGUCCAGCGGUGUGUGAGUGCCCAGCCGGGCCCCCGUCCUGUCCCCCGGGGGUCAGUUCUGUGCCGGAUGGAUGCGGCUGCUGCAAAGUGUGUGCCGCACAGCUCAACCAGGAUUGCCACGAAGGGCAACCCUGUGACCACCAUAAAGGCCUGGAGUGCAACUACGGCAACGAUGUGGGUCGUACGCACGGCAUCUGCAGGGCAAAGGCAGAGGGCCGAUCCUGCGAAUACAACGGGCGAAUCUAUCAAAAUGGCGAGAAUUUCCAUGCCGGUUGCAAGCACCAGUGCACCUGCAUAGAUGGGGCGGUGGGUUGUGUGCCCCUGUGCCCCAGCCAUGUGCCCUUGGCAUCACCUUCCUGCCCCGCCCCGCACCUGGUCAAAGUGCCCGGCCAGUGCUGCCUCAGCAUCGACUGCCACAAGGGCUCAACCGUUGUGCCUCCGGGGCACCGUCGACCUCAACCCCCGGCUUACCCGCCGUACCCCUUCAUGCCCUACCCAGCCUACCCUUACCCAAAACCAUACCCCAAGCCGUACCAGAAGCUGUACCCCUACAAGCCCAAAAAGGAGAUAGACACCCUGGGGAACGAGCUGACGGAGGUGGGCCGCAAAUGGGACAAGCCGCGUGGCCACAAGCACCUGGCGGCGUGGAGGCAGGUAGGAGACGAGUGCGUGGUCCAGACCACUUCCUGGUCCCAGUGUUCUCGCAGCUGUGGGAUGGGCAUCUCCUCUCGCGUCACCAACGACAACGCACGCUGUAAGCUGGUCAAGGAAAGUCGUCUGUGCAACAUACGGCCCUGCAGCUCCAUGUCCAUCCCGGUCAAGAAAGGCAGGAAAUGCUCCCGAACCCACAAAGCCCCCGAGCCGCACCGCCUGUCCUACGCCGGCUGCAGGAGCACCCGCCUGCACAGGCCCAACUACUGCGGCGUUUGUCGAGACGGCCGCUGCUGCUCGCCUCGCCGCACGCGCACCUCCAGCGUCACCUUCGCCUGCCCGGACGGCGAGCGCUUCACCAGAUCCGUGAUGUUCAUCCAGUCGUGCAAGUGCAGCGACGAGUGCAACCACCUCAACGAGGCCGCCAUGCCGCCGCAGCGAUGGCUCUACGGAGACACGCACAAGUUCAUUGACUAGUUCAAUGGCAAGACACACAUUCCCGCCUGUAAAAACACUGACCCAUGCAGUCCCCGGUAUAGAAUAACGUCCUGAUUAGUGUACCUUUGAGUAGAUGCAAGCUGUGUGCAUACGCAUCUCCAACUUCACCAGAGCAGCUCUGCUUUAGUGUAGAUUUUUUUUAAAAAGCAGCUUCGUUGAUGGAGAUUGUUACUAAUAGUCGCAUCAAGUCGCCCCUGGACUCUGAGACUUUUCUAUUGGGGGAUGUGAUGUAGAUAGCCGACGCACACAAAUACAUAACUUCAUGUGAAUGGUAGCGGAUUGUUAGUUCCGAUACACCAAGACUGAUGAUGGUAAUCAGAGGUUCUGAUGUGACCUUAUUUGGUAUUUAUUCAUGCGUAUUUAUUGUCGUGUCUCACACAAGCGGCUAUGUUUGGAGCAGCAACGGGCAUCCGAGGGACUAAACAGCUGAGAGCUGUCAGCCAAUGAAGGGAGAGGGCUCCCACAGACUCCUGGGUCCAAUCAGAGGCCUGAUCCAACGACGGAUGAUGAGGGCUACAGAAGAAGAAGAGGUGUGUCGAGCCUUGGUAUGGAAGUCAAAGGUUGUUGACACAGCUGGACUCAUCUCCUGCUUUGUCGCCACAAGAAACUGAGGCAUUUAGCAAGAAGCGGAGGAACAAGCCUGGGGUUCCGGCGUCAACAAGUCGACCGCCUAAUUCCCGGCAAAUUACAACUCCGACUGGAGGAGCGGCGGGAGCGUUGCUAUAAAAAUAAAAACGGAAAAGCGUGCGCUGAGGCAAACCCAUCAUUUGCGACAAGAGGGUGGAAACGCUCGGCCGACGGCGACGGCCUGUCAUCAAGCAGCUACGGUUGGCGGCGGAGUCAUGAAAAAAAAACAGUCAUGCUUCUUGGUGUUACUAGGGGUGGAUGUCAGAGGUCGACAAGGACGGGAUUUUCUUCAAAAAGGGCAACUGCAGAAACAACUCUGAAGGAAUUCUUUUUCAAGCAUGAACUCUCAACCAGCAAGCAUCAUUCUAACGUUUGAAAUAUUUCUUCCCGUUUCUACUGUAUAAGCUCUCUAGUUACGCUGGCACACAACAAAUGCAUAUUUAAAAAAGUGUUUCCUGUGCUAUUUGUAGAUGCUGUUGCUCUGGAACCAACUAUACCUUUUGUUUUGGGGGACAAACUCGAGCAGCAAUGUCCAUGGUUUUGUAGCCGUAUGUGGGCCAACCUUGUACCAGCUGUACUGACAUAGUCCAUGUGUAUUUUAACACCGAGUAUGCCAGGGUUCAGAUCCUUUAUAUGCAUUUACAUGCUAAUUCAAAAGCACAAGGAUUGUAAAUCUAUGAGUGUACACUAGACUCCUGUAAUAAUUACAGCAUGAUUUGACUUGUGUAUUCCAUUAAAGACUUCUACACAAAUUGACAAUUAUUGCUGGGAGAAAGAGUGUUUAUGUGCAACUAACCUCGCUCACAAACACGAGUAAACUUGAUAGGUAUUCUGUUCCCAAGUCUAUUUUUGUACAUUAUACAUCCAUUAGUGAAUGUGUACUGUAGAUCCGAUUUUGGUGGAUCCACAUUUGCAAUAAAAGUGACUAUUA